AUGACCGAUGAGCAAAUUGAGAUUCUAAGAGUGCAAAUAGCAAUAUAUGCCUCCAUUUGUGAGAAGCUUAGUGAUAUGUACAAGAGGCUCAUGUUUCAGCAGCAACAAGAUCUUCCACUUCCAUUAGAUGAACUUUUUUGUGUAGAGCCAUUGAUGUUGUAUGGUGGCCAGAGAUGGAGCAGCCGAAGGCGAUGGGCUCCGACGAGAAAACAGCUCGAGAUUCUGGAGAAGAUAUUCGAGGAAGGCGACGGAGCUCAUCCGAGCAAGGCGAAGAUCAAGGACAUCACUGCCGUGCUAAGCCACCAUGGCCAAAUUUCUGAGGCCAAUGUGUACACAUGGUUCCAGAACAGACGCGCUCGGUUGAAGAGGAAGUUGCAGAACCACAACAUAGAACGAUCACUGUUUGAUAAUGACCAUAAUAAUAAUAAUAAAUCACAAGCGAUGAUUUGA